AUGUUGAAUCCUUUCGGAGUUCUUCAAGACUUCCUGGCAAGCUGCUUCUACGAUUAUGGACUAUUCAUCAGUCGACAUCCAAAAGCAUUCGCGCUUGGCCCUCUUAUACUAACCAGUAUUCUCGCAUUUGGUGCAUUGAAUGUAAGAAUGGAGGAUGAUCUUCGAUUUUUGUAUUCACCAGAACAUUCACGAUCGAGAUUAGAGUAUCAGAUUCACAAAAAUUUUUCUGGAGCCACAUCUAACAGGAAUUUCAGCUCAUUCGUUUCUGUCACACUUGAGUCGCUGGAUGGCGACAAGAACUUACUUACCAAAGAGAAAUGCGCUCUGAUCCGGAGGUUGAACAAGUAUAUCAUGGAAAACCUGACUUUGACUCUGGAUGGAAACGAGGUGAAUUUUGGUAAAGAUAUAUGUCCCCUGCUCAAGCAGUGUACCUUCAGUAAUCUCAUUGCCGACAUAUUUUUCGAUUCCGUUUUCAGUAAGCAGACACGCGAAAACCCACGGAUAAAGGUGGAAUAUCCAACAAUGACAUUUUUUGAGAACAAGUUGUUCCUUCCUACUCACCUAUAUGGCGUACGAACCGAUGACAAAAACAGUAUUAAGUACAUGGAUAUGGUCCAUCUGAUCUACAACGUCCCGUCCUACCGAAGCUACUCGUCGGAAGAGGUAUCAACAGCUUUUACUGAAUCGCUCAAGGAGUUGUUCGGUACAGAGCUAGCGCCAUUCAAAUCUUCCUUAUUCAGUCUUCCCAUUCUAAAAGAGGAGAUGCAAAAGAACGCUACUUACACCAUCCCUUUCAUUUCCUUGACCAUACUUCUGUUGGUCAGCUUUACCGUUGGAUCGUGCAUGACCGGUGAUUGGAUAACUUCGAAACCUAUAGAAGCGAUGAUUGGGGUUCUUACCUCAUCAAUGGCAAUUGUCAGUGCUGGAGGCAUACUAUUUGCUCUUGGAGAACCUUUUAUCUACCAGGUGACUGUCAUGCCCUUUAUUGCAUUGGCCAUAGGAGUUGAUGACGUUUACGUUAUGCUUGGUGCAUGGCAAGAUACUCGACGAACCCUCCCUCCUGAAAAGAGAAUGGCACUUGCGUUAGAGGAAGCUGGCAGUGCAAUAUCUGUAACCUCGAUCACAUCAAUUUUAUCAUUCGGUAUUGGAUCCUUCUCUUCUACACCAGCUAUUUCCAUCUUUUGCAAGUUUAUUAUGGUUGCAGUAGCUUUCGAUUGGUUUUAUCAGCUGACCUUCUUCGCUGCUGUUAUGGUGCUAGGUGCGCGAAGAGAGGCUGCUGGAUAUCACUGCAUUUUCGUUUGGAAAAGAUGUGAUAAAGUUGAACGGGAAAAGGCAAAGUCUUCGGACACGGCUUCACCUUCGAAACACUUUUUCAGUAACAUAUUUGCUCCCAUUAUUUGCAAUCCAGUGACUAGGAUUCUGAUCAUCAUUGUGUAUGGUGUAUAUAUACUGUUAGCAUUUUAUGGUUGCUCACAGCUGGAGCCAAAUUUGACGCCAUCCCGUCUAGUUGUCGAUGAUUCUCCACUGGUUCAUUACCUACAUCUUGCCGAGAAUAAGAUAUGGGCUGAAGGCCUCAUUGGAAGGGUUUAUGUAAACAAGGCUCCGGAUCUUAGAGAUCCUAAACAGAAUGAUCGUUUGCUGAGCCUUGCCGCUGACCUCGAAAGCACGCCAUAUUCGAUGGGACCUAAUUCAACUUCGUUUUGGCUGAGGGAGUUCAAUGGUUAUAGACAAUAUUUUGCAGAAGACAAUGAGCGGAUAUACUCUACCUUGAAAUCAUUUCUGAUGGUUUCUUUUAAUAAUCACUGGGAGUCUGACAUACAGUGGUCAAACCACACAAACGAGGAAGAGCAACGAGUAGAAAAAUUUGUAUUCACGACCGCGUUCAAAAUAGAGAACUGGAAUAUGCGAACUGCACUUCUCCUUAUGUGGCGUAACAUUACAAGUCACUACCCAGAAAUCGAAGCCUUCGUUUUUGAUGAGAACAACUUCUAUUCCGACCAGAUGUUGGAGCUGCAGACAACUACACUCCAAUCUUUGGGAACAGCUAUACUCAUCUUAAUUGCAGUUUGUAUCCUUUUCGUCGCUGAAUCGUCGAUCGUCUUUUGGGUCACAUUCAGUCUUGUAUCGAUGGAUAUAGGAACAGCUGGGUUCUUAUCUUUAUGGGGUGCAGAUCUCGAUCCCACCACUGUCGUGAACAUUUUGAUGUCUAUUGGGCAAUGUAUUGACUUUGCUACUCAUGUGGGGUAUCGAAUUUAUAGAUCAGAAUUUGCUGAUCCCAAUGAUCGUAUUCGAGAUGCUUUGGGUGCAAUAGCAUGGCCUGUACUUCAAGCUGGAAGCUCUACACUUCUUGCAAUAGUAGUAAUGAUCCUGGUUCCCUCGAACGCUGUGAGAAUGUUCGCUCGCACGUCGGUGCUCGUCGUUGCUACGGGACUAUUCCAUGGUUUGCUUGUACUCCCUGUUGUUAUCAGAACGUUCGCAAGCCACGCCAAGGCUCACGACCCAAAUCAUCGAAGUCACUGUUCAAGCAUGGCAAACAUGGGCAGUCGUUAA